CACGCGUAUCAGUUGCGCGCCACCCGUCGCCGUCACCGCACGCAUGCGUCUCGAUCUACUCUACUAUUUCAACUGUCUACGUCGUAGGAAUUUACCACGAUGGCUAAAAUACCUAGUGUGAUCGUGUAUGUUCUAGUCAUAAAUAUAUUAAGUUUAAGCGGGGUGAGUUGGGGUAGUUGUGCUAACUGCGCGAACGGGGACGUGAGUGUGAACAACUUGACGCAAGCACGGCUGGAGUUCGUAAAGCAGCAGAUUCUGAAGAAGUUGAGGUUGAGCAAGAAGCCGGCUGUGGCGCUGCCGGUGAAUAGCCUGCCGAUGCCGGUGGCGCAGGGCCAGACCCUCAGUGAAGGCGCCACGAAGCCGCCGGAGUUCGACGACUAUUAUGGCAGAACUGAACAGAAGAUCAUCUUUCCUGUUGAAGGAGAAUGUCUGACGUCAGGCAGAUAUCCAUUCAAGUGCUUGCAGUUCGAGUUGCCUCCUGAUGUGCAGCCUGAAGAAGUCAAUGUCGUGGAAUUGUGGUUCUAUAAGGAACGUGACCCACUCGACGAAUACAACCAAACGUUCGUGAUCUCCGAGGCAGCCCACUGGGACAGCCAGCAGCAGUUCAAGAAGACCAAGCCUAUUGCCAUCAAGGAGACUGAUAUAGGAGAGGGAUGGGUCAGGGUGGAACUGGCUUGGGCUGUCAGGGUUUGGUUGGAAGGCAGGGAGAGGCUGCAUACGCUCCAUGUGGCGUGUAGGACUUGUCAGCUACGCCGCGCACCUCUCUCCUUCCACGAGAAACAUCGGCCUUUCCUAGUGCUAUACACGAAAUACGCAGGCAAGCGACGCCGGGGCCGAGCCCUAGAGUGUGGUGCGAACACCAGCGAGUGUUGUCGAGAGGUCCUGUAUGUAGACUUCAAGGAGUUGGGCUGGGAUGACUGGAUUAUCAGGCCGGCUGGGUACCAUGCGUACUUCUGUAAGGGAUCCUGCUCGCCUAUAUCCGCUUUGGCGAACACUGAUAUUUAUCAUCAUAAUGUUAUUAGGAAAUACUUCUACUCCCUAUCGGAGCGCAAGGCGGAAUUCAAGCCGUGCUGCGCGCCGACCACGUUCAGCUCUCUACAGCUUCUGUACAUGGACUCCACGAACACGGUCACGCAGAAAACUCUACCCAACAUGGUGGUGGAGUCUUGUGGGUGUAUGUGAGAAAUAGUACUAAAGCACGCCAGGUUAUGCGGGGAAAUUGACUUAUGGACAAUAAUAUUUUGACAGAAAUUUUGAGAAAAGCCUUCCGUUAAAGGCGUUGAUAGAAAGAUUGUAAUAAAAAACAAAUUGUUUUCUCGUCAAAAUAUAAUAUGAUUUUCAAAAUACUGUCGGAUUGCAAGGGAAGCCUAAAAUUGCAGAGUUAUUGUGAAAGCUAAUGUACAGACGCAAGUGAGCCUACCUGAAUUUGUCAAAUUUUACCAAUCGAAAAUUAACUUUCCACUAUUGUGAUAAGGUUGAGAAUCUAUUGUAGAACUUUGAAACAUUGAAGUAGGUUGAUGUGCUGUCGUUUGCACAUAUUUUAUUAAGUACUAGCUUUUGCCCGCGGCUUCGCUCCCGUCAACUGACUUCUCUACUUUACCCUAUUUUUUUUCAUAAGAACCUCCUGACAAUAACAAACACAACAAAAAAAGAAUUAGCCAAAUUGGUCCAGGCGUUGUUGAGUUAUGCGCUUACCAACACAUUUUGCGAUUCAUUUUUAUAUUAUAGAUUUAAUAAUUCCUCGUUAUGGUUGUGUUAAAAGGACUUCAUGAACUUGAGUGUUAAAAAUUUUUAAAUGACAGUAAUUAUUAGUAUGUCUGUGUGAGUGAAUAGAAUAAGUUGAGCAUUUUUUUGUAAUGUGUACUUUAUAAGCAAAAUGUGAUAUCGUUUGUUUUUGGUGAUUGAAGGAGGUAGUGAUUAAUGAGGAAAAAAUAGUAUUAAAAUAUAACAGUUUCUUUGGAUCUGUGUACAACUUAAAAGUGGAAAAACUUUUAAAACCAUUUUAAAAAUGAAAAUCUCCCAUUUUCUGCAGAAAUGUAACGUUCUGAGACAAUAUAUUAUUAUGUAGGUAUGUUAACAGAUAAAAACCUAUGAGAAUAUCUUUACUUUUUUUCUUUUCUCUCAUAUCACUUUCUCCUUCGAUGACAACUCUAGUAAUUAAUUUUGUGAUUGUAAGAUUAAUUUAACGAUAACCAGUGCAUUUAUUUUAUUUAUAAUUUUUAAUAAUUUUACAUGACAGUGUCAUGUUGUUAUGUGUAUUUGAAUUUUAAUAUACUUGAAUUUUUAUUGCAUUUCUUGGUUAAAAAUAUUAACCAGUUUUUUUUUCAUGUCAAUUUUGAAUUUUAGUUAUUUUGAAAAAGUAUAUUAAAGUUCGUAUUAUGAAGAGAGAUAUUUACGUUAUUUCUAAUGUAAAUGUUUAGUAUGAUAAAUUAUCAAACUUUCUUGUAAUAUAGUUAGGCUUUAGACUAAGUUUCGGAUAUAUUUCUAUAAAGAUAUGUUCCUAUAGUUUAAGUUAGACAAUUGUUAGGCCAAAAAUGCUUGUGUGACUUGCUUGAAUUUCAUAAAAUGUGGGUACCCUUUUUAUAUCGAAAAUCGUACUUCAAAAAGAUAAGCUUACAUAAGCAUUUUCAGUUUAAAUCAAUAACCAUGAUUUAAUUAUAAAAUUCAAUGUCGGUUAAUAAGAUUUUUUUUUAUUUUAAGACACUACGCACUCUCAUUUUGUAAAGAGAUUUUUGAAAGAACGUACUUAAAUAUUGUCGUGUCCCAGUUUUUCACAGCGGUGUCUAAGUAUUAUAGUUUAAGACUAAAAAAUAAUAGUAGGUAUUGAGAUAAUAAUAUGAAGAAAUUAAAUAAGUUUUUU